AUUAAAUCUGAUGGCUUUAGUAUUGAGACAUGCAAAAUAAUGGUUGACCUGCUAGAUAAUGAUGGGAGUGGCAAACUGGGACUGAAGGAGUUCCACACCCUCUGGACAAAGAUUCAGAAAUACCAGAAAAUUUACAGAGAAAUUGAUGUGGAUCGAUCGGGUACCAUGAACUCGUAUGAGAUGAGGAGGGCACUGGAAACAGCAGGGUUCAAACUGAACUGCCAGUUACAUCAGGUCAUCGUGGCUCGUUUUGCUGAUGAGGACCUCAUAAUUGACUUUGACAACUUGGUGCGGUGUUUGAUUCGGCUCGAAACCUUGUUCAUAUCUGUGCUUUACUGUCAUUUGAGCCACUGGCAUCAGCCUGAGACCUCUACAAGAGCAUGAUCCGGUGAAGAUAAUCAAGCUAUACAAGUAAUAUCCAAACAUGAAUGUGCCUUAACUUACACAAAGCAAGCAGACUUUGCAUGCAAUUGCAAGAAGAAAAGCAUUCUACUUCCACAGAAGAACCUGCAACCUCAUUUUUAUGGGUCUGACAGUCGGUGCCUACUCUCAUAUAGCCUCUGGAAAAAGGCUGUAGCUUAGUAUCAAUCCUCAGUGCAAGUUUUGAAAACACUGCUUUGCUAAUAUCUUUGUAUUUAAGGUGUUUUACAGGACUUCAGGAAGAAAAGCUCAUUAUAGCUUGACAGUCUGGUUUUAAAAAGUGCUUUUUGAAUAACAUCCUGCAUAUCUGAAAUUAGUAAAGAGGUAGUAUUGCAUAUCUAAACACCUGUACUCAGAGAUAGGGGUUCCAAGCCCCAGCACUAUCCUAGUGAAAUAUUCUUUAAAGAAUUUGAGUAGCAAGUACAUCUUUGACCGAAGUGAGCAUUGAGGUGCCCAGAGCUGGAGGCUGCUGGUAACAAGAUUCUUAGAGAAAGCCCGUGCUCUCAGGUGGAAUCUUGAGUUCCUGUAUCUUAUUUAUCUUCCUUUGAAAUACAAGAAAGAAUUUAAUUAAAAAAAAAAAAAAAAAAAAAAAAGUAGAAAUAAAGUUUGCCAGACUGUUAUUUCUGCUGAAAAAGCAAUUUUUUUUUCUUAGAGAUUGAUACUAUAUACCCCACACCCAGCCUGUUGAAAGCAGAGGCUGUGACUGUGAGCCAAUUGCUGCUGCCUUUAGUUUCCCCACCUGAGGAAUUGUGUCCUCCUUACAAACUAUUUCUUCCUUAUGGGCACCUUUUCAGAAAGCAGUAGGACUUACCUAGUAGCCUGCAGGGUGAGGCAUUUUCUAAAUACCCUUAAGGAAUUAUUUGCUCCUCCAUUAAAUACUGUUCAGUAUCAAAUUAUUGCCAAAUGGAGAGAUAGAAAGGAUAGCUCUAUAGGAAAGGCUUUAUUUGGAAAAUACUUGUACCAAGUUGUGUUUUUUCCUUAAGUAUGUCCCUUAGCUUUUAAAGUUAACAAUGUGUCACUAACAGAUUCAGCUCAAUUUUAAAUGCAGCAAAACUACCUUGAAUGGAGGGGGAGGAGGGGCUCAGUUUAAUACAGAAAGUAGCUGAAAGUUAGUGUAAUGUAGAACAACAGUGUGUCUUACUGGUAACUUUUCUAAUAAAAAUCACUAUUAAAAUACCCAGAGUUAAAGCUUAAGAGGAGACAAAAGUUUAAUGGUGGAGUAAACAAGUAGAGUAAAAACAAGUACAUUGCCAAAGACUACAGAAAGUUUCUACACUUAGUCUUCAAAGUACAAACUACAAUAAAUACAUGAGGCUCUUUGUAAAAAGAGGAAUCUAAAACUACAUUUCUGUUACAGCACAUGAUAUUUUGAAUACAUUGAAUUUCUAAGGUGCUACAGCUUUUAAAAAAGUUAUUGCUUAAUGGAUUGGUCAUGUGGUAAUCACUCUUCAGAUGCACUUCAGUUUUUUUAGCUUCUUUUAACAAACAUUCUGCUUCCAGCAAUAAGCAGUUGGGUGCUGUGCACAUACUUCAAUUUCUCCCAUCUGGAAAAAGCCUCGGGAUAAAUUUGGACAAAGCCAAGUUGUCUGUUUUAUGAUGAUUCCUUCAAUGGCAAAUUCAAAAGUAUUUAAUGCAGAAAAGAAGCGAGACUCUCUUCUGCCUUGUUUGAAGACAACCGGGUGGGUACUUGAACAUAAUGGCUUGAUUAGACCAAAGGCAGCAGCAUUUCAUUUGCUUGUAAGCAUUAUUUCAUCUUGUACAAUGCCCUCAUCCAUUUGCUCAUGGAUCAAUCCUUCAUUUGUUUUCAAAGCACAUUUUUCAUAUCUUUCAAAUUACAUUGUCAUUGAAAUAAGUCUCAUGAUAUUGGAACCAACACAAAAUGGACUUUUUUUGCUGUAAGUUAUCCAUGAUUAGUACCUCAAGAAUCUGGCUUCUGUACUAUUUCAUGUCAAGCUUCUUUGUCUAGGUUUAAUCCUUGGAUACAGCUGAAGGUAAAACAGAAAUGAGGUUUAAAAUUUUAGUACUUUAAAAGGUUACUUUUUUAAAAGAAAAAAUAAAGGAAAACACCCCCCCUCCCUUUGGUGCUACAAUUCUAAUGUAAUCCAUAGGAGCAAAAAGCAUGCUUAUAAAAAACAUCCAGGGCACUGACAAAUAUGAAUUUAGCAUUUUUAGGCAAGCUUAAAAAAUACCAACCAUGUCAGUACAAAAGGAAGGUAUUGA